AUGCAGCGGAGUCGAAUCAUCUCCGAGCACCCGACGGCCGAGUCGAAUCCAUUCACUCUUCCGUCCGAUGAGGAAGUUUUUCGUAUGCGUGAGACGGAGAAGCAGCGGAAGGAAGAGGAGAAGAACAAAAACUCUCGACGCAAAAUUUACGAUAAGACCACGGCAUCGUCCAAGAUCGGAAACAUUCGUCGCUUCCGCUCUGAUGACGCGCCGACUGGCAUCGACAACUAUGCAGCGUCUCAGUCUCGUCAAACGCGCGGCCUCGUUGCCGCAGCGACUGCCACUAUCUCGAACGAUCGACUUCGAGAAAAGGAGAACAUGUCCGAUUUCAUUGCCAAGAAGCGCGAGAUGUUCCUCGUGCAGAUGUCGCUCGAUACAAAGCGUGAAGAGAUCCGCAAGCUCGAAGAGAAGGCUCAGCUAAAAGAAGAAGCAUUGAAGAAGAGCGAACUGAUGCUCGAAGAAGAUGCCGUUCGCUUCGAUACGUUUUUAAAGGAGAACGACAAGAAAGCGCACGAGGCAAUCAAGCGAGCCGAGAAGGAGACCAAGGCCAAAGCUGAUAAAGUGCAGGAGAUCAAGAAACUCAACCAGCAAAUCCAACUCGUACAGAGCGACAUGUCCAAGCUCAGCGAGCAGCUACAAGACUGUCUUCAGUACAAGGCCUUCCUGGAUGAACUCACUCCUCAAGAGUACGAGAUCGAGCAGCAAGACAAGAAGCGAGCUCGACAAAUGGCUCGCCUACAGAAGCGCAAGGACAAGAUCUUGCGUGAGUGGGAGCUGCAGAAAGCCAAAGUGCUAGCCGAGAUCGAAGAGCGUGAACGGGCCGAAAAAGAGCGUCCGGAGUCCAAGAACGGCAAGAAGAAAGUCGACAAAGCCGUCAAAGUCAAGGAGAUCACGAUCCCUCCGAUGCCCAAUCUGGACAACAUGCCGCUUACUAGCAGUGGAGAGGAGAUCCCCAUGUACUUCCAGAACCCACAGCAAUUACUUGACAUCUUUACUGCGCUAGAAGAGAGCAAUCUCUUCUUAAUCCAGAACAGUCAAGAGACCGAACAAACACUUGAAGAACUCAAGCAAAACUACCGUGAGACCAAGAAGACCAUGGAUCGGAAGACGCAGACACUCAAGACGAACGUCGAUGGGUUGCAGCAGCAGAUCAGCGUCGAGGAGAGCAAGGCCAGUCAACUUCGUCUAAGGUCCCAAGGGGGUUCGGGUGAGAACGCUCAGGAGCGAAUGCUCAAGGAGCUACAAGAUCGAGUGCUGGAUGUGUAUAAGCGUUGUGGCUUUGAAGCCGAGACCAACUCGUCGACACUGUACAUGCUCACAGAUCUGGAAGCUCGUCUGGAAGAUCUCUUGAGUGCAAUCGAGCAGAUGCCCGAGGACUAUGUGGCAAAGGCGGAGAAGGAGAAGGAAAAGGAGCGUCGAGAACGUGUCCGUCAAGAACGGAUCGCCCAGCAGCAGAAAAUGUACGAAGAGCGCAUGAAAAAGUCCAUGGAGAGAAGUAUGCAGGCUCCCAAAAAGCGGAAGGGGAGACAAGUCAUGUGGAGAUCGCAGCCCGCUCGACACAUCAAACACGCUGAAGACGACAACAAAGUGGACCAAGGAGACGAGGCUGACCACCACCAUUUCAUCUGGUAA